AGACAGUACAUCCAUUUGAAACUCUCACAUUCGAAAAAUGUUCCGAUCCAUUGCUGUUCUUUCGGCUCUUCUUUUUGCCUUUGCAUCCGCCAAAACAUGCAAAUACGACAGUUCCGAUUUUGAAGUUUACUGGCGAUUCGCUAAUAAUUCGAUUAAUAUGCAAUUCAUGAACACUGAUAUUAAAAAUAACGAAUGGACUGGAGUUGGGUUUGGAGAUGAUAAGAACAACUUUGUCGGAGUCUUCUUCAUGGUGUCCAACAAUCAAGUUACUGUCCGUACAGGAUCAACCACUCAACACGGACCACCAACUUUCACUCAAUCUGGAACAAACACUGCUUCAGUAUCCACUCAAGCACUAAACUAUUUCCCAGAGGAUAAGACAAUGAGUGCUGUCGUUCAAAUUCCAAUUCAAUUCAAUGGAAGAAGCCUUCAAUCGUGCCAAAAAUGGAGGUUCGUCAAGUCUGGCAAAAUCGAAAACGGACAACUCACCCGUAACGAUAAGUCGCCAAAGGAGAAGAAAGUGUGCCCAAUGGAAUGCAAUUAAGCUCCGCCCUUUUACUUAUUCAUGAAUAAUCAUGUUUCAAUUUGACCAUGUAAAUAAUUGUUUUUCUCAUAUCGGGAUCAUCUUUUUUCUCUCACUGUUUCAAAAAUAAUUGAAUUUCAAUUUAAAAACGAUAACUUCGACCAAUAAACGGUUCGACUAGAAAUCAACGAACAAACGUGAACAUUGUCAGCGUGGCUACCGUAACCCGUCAAAAUCAAAUACACUUUGUUAUUGUCACAAUUGUGCCAUUCGUUUUGUUUGAACAAGAAAAAACUGUGUUUGACAACU